AUGAGGUGUCCAGUGGUUUCUGUCCCAAACACAGAGCACAUCCAGUGUGAUCCAGAGUCUAUAGAGGUGUGUACGGUGACAAGGCCGGUGCCCUAUGAUAACUGGAAUAAUGAGCUUUCAUGGUCGCUAUCUCUUGGUGACCAGAUCGUCGUGGCUCUUGAAGACGCCAGCCUGAUCCAGAUGAACGUGGACAUGAACAGAGCAAACAUCAGUGUCCAGGGGAGGAGGAAAGAGGUCCUCAGUCCAGUCAAGGUGUUGAACUAUGACAGUGAAUUCCUGGCGUUAAAGCUGGUCAGUGGUCAGCACUCCUACAGUAUGGAGGCCACAUGUCCCACAGUGACUGAUCCUACAGCUGAGGAGACAGUUCUUCACAUCUAUAAACGUCGAAUGGGUUUGAUCAAACGUGGCAGCCAUGUCCCUGAAACUCUCACAGUUCAUAAUGUGACUCUGAAACAAACAGAAAACUUCACAUUUCAUGACAGCAGCCGAUUUGUGACGGUUAUUAUUCCCACUGCACAAAUCCUACGACUAAAGAGCUGCCCGGACAACAAACAAAUAUGGCAGCCGGUGUACAGGGCCGACGUGGUGCUACGCUUCAGGGAGACAAAUCAGGCGGUGCGGUGGAGCGUGGAGAGCGUGCUAGCCUGCACAGGGAGUCGUGGAAAUACCUUCAAAAUAAAGUUGUUUGUUGGAGUGAAACGGCGAGACGCGGCGUGUGGGUUUAGGGCUGUGCAGCUCAGGGAGGGCAUCCUGUACCAGCAGAACAGCACCGAGCCAGACGGGAGCCAGACGGGAGCCAGACGGGAGCCAGACGGGAGCCAGACGGGAGCCAGACGGGAGCCAGACGGGAGCCAGACGGGAGCCAGACGGGAGCCAGACGGGAGCCAGACGGGAGCCAGGACUGGAGUAAACUUGUUUUCUUUACUGUGA